CGCCGUCUGUCUUCAUUUCUAAGCGGUUGAGCAAACGUGAUUAAUUGGGAGAGAAGACUGCUGUUAACAUUAACAAGGUUACACACUCCACUCGUUUUCGACUUCAGGAGAUAACGGAGACGACACUUGUCACUAGAAUGCAUCUCAGGUUUGCCAUCACCUUAUCAUUUGUCAUCCUUCUCUGUACCUCUAUUGAGCUCCGAGCUACCAUUACUGGGCCGGCUCCUGCGGACGGUGAUGGUCCUGGGUCUCAAGUAUGUCCAAUGUGCUGCCAGGGACCUGCUGGGACACCCGGAAUUCCGGGCCUACCAGGAAACCAGGGUCAGUUUGGCCAUGCAGGGGCGAAGGGCGAUAGUGGGGUCAAGGGUCAGAAGGGUGAGCUUGGUCCUAUUGGCGCUGUUGGGAACCCUGGCCCCAAAGGGAACGAUGGAAUGGGCCUGCCAGGUAAGGUAGGUCCCAGAGGUCCGCCUGGUUUAGUUGGAGGCACUGGGGAAGCGGGGGUCAAAGGUCAAAAGGGUGAGCCAGGACAGAAUUCAGAUAAUUCUGCCAACCGGGUAGCUUUCACUGUGACACGGACAAGCCCCUCGGAUAUUUCCACGAGCCAUAACACCCGUUUGCCUUUCCAGCAUGCCUGGACGCUCCUGCAGGGUGCCAACUUUGAUCUCCCAACGGGUACAUUCACAUGUAGUUUGCCAGGCACUUACGUGUUCAAGUUCUCUGUAUGUAAGUACUACCCUAGCAGUCUCUAUGUUCAUCUUUGGAAAAACGACGACCGGGUUGUCUCUGGCUUUAGUACUGAUUCCGCUACCUAUGAGCAGGUGUCUGGAAGCGCGUUGCUGGUUCUACAGCCACGAGACUCAGUGUAUCUGACAAUGUAUGGUAAGGCAUACAGUGAGUCAACAUAUCAUUACACCUCAUUUAGCGGCCUUCUCCUUUACGCUGAAUAAACAGCAGACAGGCAUUAAUGUACACAUGGGUCUGUGCAUGUUUGGUGUAUGUUUAUAUUAAAAUAAAACGCAACUUUUGUUGCCUUUUUAUUUUCAUUUCCUUUAGCACCAUGAAUAAAAACUCCUGCGGCGUUGUGACCGUAGGACACUGCUCAUAUUUUUUUAUGAAGUAAAGGCCAACAUUCCUUGCUAUCUGCACUUUGUUUAAAUUCAAAUGUUCCUUCAAAACGCUUGUUUUCACAAAGUGAAUGUUAAAAACUGAUUUUUUGGCAUUUAUUAACGCAUCACAUACUACACAAUCAUUGCAUUGAUAUAAAACAAAAUAAAUCUGAAACAUAACAUAAAUCCGAUGUUCCGGGGGAGUCUAAACGGCAAAUUUAUUUACAAUUCUUUCGCCAAGUUGUGUGUUAGUGGGCAUUUAAUACUGUUCAAUUAAGAAAUUUGAGAGACAUAUAAUGAGCCCACAUUAAGAUUGUAACCGAUAUGACGCCCUGACGCCAGUCUAUCCAUAGAAAUAGUUGUUCACACUACCCGCUGCUAACAUCUGACUCGGACCAGCCAGCCGACACAGGCAAGCUCUGUGUUUGAGUAGUUGAGACGUUUGCACUGAUAAGCAAGAAGUCGUGGGCUCAAGUCCCACCUUGGUACGCUUGUGCUUUGUUUGGUGUGUUUUUUUUUUCAUAAACUUUUGGGGAAAAACACUCGGUAUACAUUUUAAAA